AAAGUAAAAAAACAAAAACAAACGUACUACACUAUGCGUUUCUACUGCGCAGACUCACGCACCGAGGAAGAGCCAGGGCUCACGUCCCGUACAAGAUUUCACAUUUCCUUAAAAAGCUCUUAGGAGCUCAUCAUCACCGGUAAAGCUGUAUAAGCAUCGGGUUGACGGGAUUGAAGGAAGUGGCGCGUCGUACGGGGAGCUGCCUGAAAUCGCCAUGAGUUACAAACCGAUUGCUCCUGCGCCAUCUGGCUCCAACCACACUCCACCAGGCUCUUCUGUGCCCUCCCCAUCUCUCCCCUCAUCGUCCAGCUUUAGGCCAGCGUUUAGCGACUUCGGCCCACCCUCCAUGGGCUUUGUUCAGCCUGUCAAAGUGUCCCAAGGGUCCACCUACAGUGAACUGCUGUCCGUCAUCGAGGAGAUGAGCCGUGAGAUCAGGCCUACAUACGCUGGGAGCAAGAGCGCUAUGGAAAGGCUAAAGAGAGGUAUAAUCCAUGCCCGUGCAUUGGUGAGGGAGUGUCUUGCGGAGACGGAGAGAAGUGCCCGUACAUAACCUUUUGGGACAAAUCCCUUCACCUGCCACUCUUUCCCCGUAGAAGACCGUCUUCAUCGCGAUCCCCACCAUAUGCUUUACAACCAUUUGUUAUCCUCCCACCUGGUGGUGUCUUUGCUGCCGUUUUGUAGGUGCAUUAUGUCCCUCUUGUGUCUGCUGUUCACUGUAUUUUACCACACCCAUUUUGUUAAUGAUGAAACUUUCUGCGACUUGUGCGGUGUGUGCAAAAUGAAGUUUUUUACCUAUUUCAAAAGAAGACAGUGGGGAAUUUCCGCACAUUUUUAAGUCAAACUAUGGGUAAAAACCUGAGUAAAAUGGUUGGGAUUGUUUAUAUUGUUCUUUGUUCAAUAAUGGCAAUUGACCAAGAAAGUUGGCUUUUUUUAAAAUGAUGAAAUUUGUGCUCAAACCGCACUGAUCCUCCAGUAUAUUUUUUAGUUAAUCUGAACAUCUUGAAUACACCUUUUCCAUUUA